AUGGCAAUAGAUGGUGUGAAGUGGGUUGAUAUUUCUUAUGCCUAUCUGCUGAAAGAAAAUCUUCCGCUUAUUCAACCAUUCAAUUAAAAAUGAAUUUUAGUUAUUAUUAAUAGUAAAGUAUUUUUUAUAUAUGAUUAUAUGAUGGGGAGUUAGAAAAGUAGGUGAAAAUUAUAGCACGAAAGCCAGAAAAGCACGCUUACUAUUAAAACCAUUGAUAAAAGGAGUAACAUUUGGAAGUACUGAAUUAUAUACAAUGUAUAGUUUGUUGAGGUUUAGAAGAGCUCGCCAAUUCUGCACUUAUUUCUUUCUAAUGCAGAUUGGAGGAGUAAUGAAACUUUUAAGACUUGCAGAAUAG